GACCCUCCCUCCGACAGCUGUCUGUUAGUCUGUUGGGUGAGGCAAGGCGAGGCCGGGAUUCUGGAAAGAGGGCCGGGAAGGAGCCAGGUGACACAGCAGGUGUUGAUGGGCAUUUACUCCGGGCCUGCACGGUGCUCGCUGACCCUCGCCAGGAGCUCCGGGACGGAUGGUGUUAACGCCCCUCCCACAGACACAGAAACCGGGCAGCAGGCAGGCUGUGCCCUCAAUGACUCUCCCGUGGGCCUGGCUGCCUAUAUUCUAGAGAAGUUUUCCACCUGGACCAACUCGGAGUUCCGAGACCUGGAGGACGGAGGCCUGGAGAGGAAGUUCUCCCUGGACGAUCUGCUGACCAACAUCAUGCUCUACUGGACCACGGGCACCAUCACCUCCUCCCAGCGCUUCUACAAGGAGAACCUGGGACAGGGCUACCUGGCCCAGAAGCAUGAGCGGAUGAAGGUCUACGUGCCCACCGGCUUUGCUGCCUUCCCUUGUGAGUUACUACACGCCCCAGAAAAGUGGGUGAAGUUCAAGUACCCGAAACUGAUCUCCUAUUCCUACAUGCCCCGCGGGGGCCACUUUGCCGCCCUCGAGGAGCCGCAGCUGAUGGCUCAGGACAUCCGCAAGUUCGUGGGGCUGCUGGAGCGGCAGUGACCUUGCCCCUUCACCGGGAAGCCCCGUCUCCCAGCGCCAGCUCCCCGAGGGAGGGGGGCUGCCAGGGAGGCGGCCUCCCCGUCUCCUCCUGGGGAAGACGCCCCUUUUCUGAGAAUGAGUUUGCUUCUGUCCCCUGCCCAGGCUGGGACCCCGUGCUCACCGCCUCCACGCGCGCUCCCCUCCCCCCGCCACGUGUUAGCAACCUGGCUUUGACGAUAAACGAUUUUACUUCUAAGCGGCUGGAACCAAGUG